UGACAUUUUCUAAGAGAAAAGACUUGGGGGCUUGGGAACAUGGUUUGUCAAGUUGUAUUUAAAAAGGUUUGUGUCCGUGCUCUCUUCACAAAUCCCUCUCUGCCUCCAUCUCAACAUCUCUACUUCAGAAAGUUUUCAUACAAUCUUGCCAACAUGGCCCACCUCAGAGAGGCAUUGGAAUUGCUCACAGACACAUUCAAAGAAUACGCCGGAAGGGGCGGAGACAAAAACACUAUGUCCAAAGCAGAAAUUCGUGUCAUGCUCCGCAAGGAGUUUCCCAAUACAAACAUGGACACAGCUGAAAUGAAGCAUUUCUUCAAUAAGAUGGAUGCCGAUGGUGAUGGUGUUGUUUCUUUCAAAGAGUUUGUCCUUAUUGUAAAAGACUUCAAACUGAUUUACACUUAAGAAUAAAUGAUUUGGCCACAUUGCAUCAGUGGCGGAUGAUGUUGGUGUAAACUGGCAAAUAAAUAACAGUGCCACA